GGUCAACCCGACUCCCAUCGACCCUCCAGAGGCCGACCCGGUCACCGCUGACGAUCAGGACCAAAGCUCGACUUCCUCGGAGCUACCAGAGGACGACUCGGACGCGGACGGCGGACCUCAGAUCGACUCCAGCGCCGACGGUGAUAUUCCGAACAUGGCCGAAGAAGACAACAAAUACCUCUUCCUGGAAAAUGACUUCCGCAACAGCGGGGUGGCGCAGGCCGAUUUUGCGGCCAAGAAGAUGGUGUGGAUCCCGUCAGAGAGGGAGGGCUUCGAGGCGGCCAGCAUGAAGGAGGAGAAGGGUGAUGAGGUGCUGGUGGAGCUAAGUAACGGUCAAAAAACGACUGUGGCCAAAGACGACGUCCAGAAGAUGAACCCGCCUAAAUUCAGCAAGGUGGAGGACAUGGCUGCUCUCACCUUCCUCAACGAAGCGUCCGUCCUGCACAACCUGAAGGAGAGAUACUUCUCCAGCCUGAUCUAUACGUACUCGGGUUUGUUCUGCGUGGUGGUGAACCCCUACAAGAUGCUGCCGAUCUACUCCGAAAAGAUCAUUGAGAUGUACAAAGGCAAGAAACGCCACGAGGUGCCGCCGCACAUCUACUCCAUCACCGACAACGCCUACAGGAACAUGAUGCAAGACCGUGAGGAUCAGUCUAUCCUCUGCACAGGUGAGUCUGGAGCAGGGAAGACCGAGAACACCAAGAAGGUGAUUCAGUACCUGGCUGUCGUCGCCUCCUCACACAAGGGGAAGAAGGAAGCUGCGCCACAGGCACCGCAGCAGCAAGGAUCCCUGGCCUAUGGGGAGCUAGAGAAGCAGCUGCUGCAGGCUAAUCCCAUCCUGGAGGCAUUUGGAAACGCCAAAACCAUCAAGAACGACAACUCCUCUCGAUUUGGAAAGUUCAUCAAGCUCAACUUUGACGUGACCGGCUUUCUUGUUGGAGCGAAUAUUGACACCUACCUUCUGGAGAAGUCUCGCUGUAUCCGUCAGGGCAACACCGAGAGAGCCUUCCACAUCUUCUAUUACAUGGUGGCCGGCGCCAAAGACAAGAUAAGGGAGGAGCUUCUGCUGGAGGACUUCAGCAGCUAUCGUUUCCUGGUGGCCGGUCACGUGGAGGUCCCCGGUCAGGAGGAUGACGAGAUGUUUUUGGAGACUCUGGAGGCCAUGGAGAUCAUGGGCUUCUCCGAGGAGGAGAGAAUUGGGAUGUUCAAGGUGGUGUCCACUGUGCUGCAGCUCGGCAACGUCAAGUUUGAGAAGGAGAGGAACAGCGAGCAGGCGACCAUGCCGGACAACACCGCUGCCCAGAAGGUGUGCCAUCUGCAGGGCAUCAAUGUCACAGACUUCACCCGCGCCAUCCUCACCCCGCGGAUCAAAGUGGGCAGGGAGGUGGUGCAGAAGGCGCAGACCAAGCAGCAGGCUGAUUUUGCAAUCGAGGCUCUGGCUAAGGCCAUGUACGAGCGUCUGUUCCGUUGGAUCCUGGCCCGAGUGAACAAGACGCUGGACAAGAGUAAGAGGCAGUCGUCCUCCUUCCUCGGCAUCCUGGACAUCGCCGGCUUUGAGAUUUUCGAGGACAACUCCUUCGAGCAGCUCUGCAUCAACUACACCAACGAGCGUCUGCAGCAGCUCUUCAACCACACCAUGUUCAUCCUGGAGCAGGAGGAGUACAAGAGGGAGGGCAUCCAGUGGAGCUUCAUCGACUUCGGCCUCGACCUGCAGCCCUGCAUCGAGCUCAUCGAGAGGCCGAACAACCCUCCUGGCAUCCUGGCCCUGCUGGACGAGGAGUGCUGGUUCCCCAAAGCCACCGACGUGUCCUUUGUGGAGAAGCUGCUGAACACUCACACCGGUCACGUUAAAUUCUCCAAACCCAAACAACACAAAGACAAACUCAUGUUCAGCGUCCUGCACUACGCCGGGAAGGUGGACUAUAAUGCAGCUAACUGGCUGACUAAAAACAUGGAUCCUCUGAAUGACAACGUGACCGCGCUGCUCAACAACUCCUCCAGCAACUUCAUCCAGGACCUGUGGAAAGACGCGGACCGCGUGGUGGGUCUGGAGACCAUCACCAAGAUGUCGGAAAGUUCAGCGCCGACCAAAUCUAAGAAGGGAAUGUUCCGCACGGUGGGGCAGCUGUACAAAGAGUCUCUGGGCAAACUGAUGACCACUCUGCACAACACGCAGCCCAACUUUGUCCGCUGCAUCAUCCCCAACCACGAGAAGAGGUCGGGGAAGAUGGACGCCAACCUGGUCCUGGAGCAGCUCAGGUGUAACGGAGUGCUGGAGGGAAUAAGAAUCUGCAGACAAGGAUUCCCCAACCGAAUACUGUUUCAGGAGUUCAGGCAGAGAUAUGAGAUUCUGGCUGCCAACGCUAUCCCGAAGGGCUUCAUGGAUGGGAAGCAGGCGUGCUCUCUGAUGGUGAAGCACCUUGAUCUGGAUACUAACCUGUAUCGUAUCGGUCAGAGUAAGAUGUUCUUCAGGACCGGAGUUCUGGCUCAGCUGGAGGAGGAGAGAGACAUCAAACUCACCGUCGUCAUCAUCGCUUUCCAGGCGCAAGCUCGAGGCUUCCUGGCCCGAAAGGCGUUCAAUAAACGUCAGCAGCAGCUGACCGCCAUGAAGGUCAUCCAGAGGAACUGUGCCUGUUACCUCAAGCUCAAGAACUGGCAGUGGUGGAGGCUCUUCACCAAGGUGAAGCCUCUGCUGCAGGUAACCAGACAAGAAGAAGAAAUGGGUCAAAAAGACGAGGAGCUGAAAGUGGCUAAGGAGGUGGCGGCAAAGACCGAGGCCGAGCUGAAGGAAGUCUCCCAAACACAUCUGCAGCUGAUGGAGGAGCGCGUCCAGCUGGAGGCAAAGCUGCAUGCGGAGACGGAGAUGUACGCCGAGGCCGAGGAGAUGAGGGUGAGGCUGGAGGCCAAGAAGCAGGAGCUGGAGGAGGUCCUGCACGAGAUGGAGUCGCGGCUGGAGGAGGAGGAGGAUCGCAGCAACUCCCUGCAGCAGGAGAGGAAGGACAUGGAGCAGCAGCUAACGCUCAUGGAGGCUCACAUAGCCGAGGAGGAGGACGCCAAGCAGAAGCUGCAGCUGGAGAAAGUUGCCGUGGAGGGAAAAGUCAAGAAACUGGAGGAGGACGUUUUGGUGAUGGAGGACCAAAAUAACAAACUGCAGAAGGAGCGACAGCUGCUGGAGGAGAGGAUGGCUGAUAUGAGCUCUAACCUGACAGAGGAGGAGGAGAAAUCUAAGAAUCUGACCAAACUCAAAGCUAAACAUGAGUCCAUGAUCUCUGAUCUGGAGGUGCGCAUGAAGAAGGAGGAGAAGGGCCGUCUGGACAUGGAGAAAGCCAAGAGGAAGGUGGAGGCGGAGCUUGCCGACCUCCAGGAGCAGCACGCCGACCUGCAGGCCCAACUAGCCGAUCUCCAAUCCAAGCUGGCUGAGAAGGAGGAGGAGCUGCAGGCCACCCAGGGCCGCCUGGAGGAGGAGAGUAAUCAGCGUGGGGCGGCGGUGAAGCGGGUUCGGGAGUUGGAGGUUAUGAUCUCAGAGCUGCAGGAGGACCUGGAGGCAGAGAGGGCGGCCAGGGCGAAGGUGGAGGCAGCUCGACGGGACCUCGGAGAUGAGCUGAACGCUCUACGCACCGAGCUGGAGGACAGUCUGGACACCACCGCGCACAGCAAGAGCUACGGGCAAAGCGUGAGGGAGGUUGCCUUGCUGAAGAAAGCCAUGGAGGAUGAGGGGCGGAGCCACGAGGCCAGGUUCAGGACUUGA